CAUGUAGUGCUUAUAACAUGUGAGGGACGACAAAGAAUGUGGCCCUCUCAAAUGACAGCUAUUGGUGGUGGCUCAUAACAUAUGCUGUCAGGAAACAACAAUACUGUUCCGUAAUACAGUACUUGAAGCAGCAAGUCAGUGUUGCAAUUAUUCUGACCUCAUUUUAAAGUAGACAGAAAUAAUGUUGUUAAUUAACUAGCCGCUUACCCUCGAAGACUCAGGACAUUGGAUACCCCAGAGUUUAUGGGAAACGAACAUAAGAAUGAAUCGUCUACUUUUUGUUUCUCAUCUCCUUAUCAUUCUAGCAGGUAAGCCAUAUUCUGAACAUGCAUGUUGGCUGACUGAUAAAAUGAGUUUGCCAUUUCUGUUCUUCUGUCGGUUAUAACAUACCUUUGCCAGGAUAUUUUAGGUGAUAGUCUAUCCUAAACCAAUAUUUGCAUAUCUUACAGAUCUAGCCCAUUAAUCAAGGGAUAUCUACAUAAUUAGAUCAUUUCGCAUGGAUUCUUGGUAAUGCUUUAUCCAUUAGUUAACUAUAAGAUUUCAAAUCUUAUAUGAGGUAUAUCCUAGCUAAGCUAGUGCCUGUUGGAAAUGUUGGAAUUUUUAAAAAGGCAUCCAGCAUUAGGCUCUCUUGAUUGACAGGGGCAUGUGCACUUAGUUUUUUAACCUCCAUCUAUUUGUGCUUGAAUGAUUGAGUCAAUUGUUUCAUAUAAUAUAUUAUAUUUCAGACAAUUUUACUGUUUUCAAUGUCUCAAAACGUCAUUCAUGCUUUCGUAGUAUGUUCUUGCACACACUAGGCUUCGUUUCAAGGUCAAGCGGAAAAUGAAAUGGGAUACGCUCUGGCAUGGGUCAAAUAUGUAACGGAAAUAGCGGAUGUCGAGUCUGAAACACUAUCUGUAUUGAUGGAUCUCUCAUCUCUAUCACCUCCAGCAUUCCACAAUGAUAGUAUACCACUGGUAUAUAACAGUGUAUGAAAUAAGUAGUUAGGAAGGAAGGAAGGAAGGAAGGAAGGAAGGAAGGAAGGAAGGAAGGAAGGAAGGAAGGAAGGAAGGAAGGAAGGAAGGAAGGAAGGAAGGAAGGAAGGAAGGAAGGAAGGAAGGAAGGAAGGAAGGGAAAUAAGGAUGGGAGGGAGGGAGGGAAAUCUGAGGGGAGGAAGAUGGGAAGAAACUUAAUACAUUUAAUACUACUGUAUUUGCACAUACAUUAACCACUACUUAGCAGUCUGCUGGUGCUGUAAACACAACAUCUCUCAAUCUCUGCCAUGUGAGCAACACAUCAAGCUGUCUCUGUGUUUCUUGUAGGCUCUGCCUGGAGCUCUGAUGAUGAAACCCGUCUGGUGAAAACCCUGUUCACUGGCUACAACAAGGUGGUGCGUCCUGUCGCUCACUUCAGGGACCCAGUGGUGGUUACAGUUGGUCUGCAGCUCAUUCAACUCAUCAGUGUGGUAAGAAAAACCAAUAUUAAUCAUGCAAUCAUGCAUUCACAUCACUGUCAACACUAUGCAGUGUUAUGUAGUAGGUGCAUGUAUUGGUUGGUUAGCGGUGAGCUAGUGACUAACUGUGACUUCUGUCAGUCAAUUAGUUGGUUCUGUUUGGCCUACUGAUUUUGACUAUUGGGGCGUUUGAGCCAGUAUUGUUUUGUGCUGAGGUAGAGGAUAGUUGGGGCUUUCUCAUGCCAACGAGGGAUCUAUUAGGUCAGGUGGCAAAAAUGUUGGAGGUUGAAAUAGCAGAGGAGUUGAACAAGUUAGAUGUUGCAGUGCUGUUAUGGGAACAGUGGAGUGAGUUCUGGUGGAUAGCAGCCAGGAGGAAGAAUAUUUGUUGGAAAUAGCGAGACUAGAACAGGAAAUGGCAGUUUUGAAACAGCAGAUGAGUGAAGGGCUGCAUACAGGUGAGGAAGUUUGUGUUGUCAGACAGUCAGACAUUCUAAACCAGGUUUCUCCAGUGAUCAGAGUGAUAAGCUAGUUUUCCCAAGUGAUCAGGUUUGGGUAAGCCAAAUUAAAAGUCAGGUGUCUCAGGGGGUGGAGUCUUUCAAGGAGAGUUUUGAGGUAUCCCCAGUUUGUGAAGUUAAUCGGGUUCAGAAGAGUACUGAUGGCAAACCAGACAUGGAGGAUGAUGUGUGUGGGGACUUAGAGGAAACAUUAUUUGCCAAACUAGACAGUGGCUCCCAGGAAAUGGUUCUCCCUAGUGAGGAAGGAGAUUCUUGUGUCUCUAGCUGAGACCUUCUGGACAGAGAUAUGUGAUGUAGUGUGCCCUCUGCAGUUUGAGGAUGAGGUUAAUUCAGGUGUCAAUUUAGGACGAUGUUCUACGUUGAGUUGAGUAACAAUGAACAACUAGGUUCUCUUUGUGGUCUGAGUAAUGAUUUGGUUCCCCCAAGUGAUCUGUUGGAUUCAGAGGUUGUCAGUGACUCUUUGGUUCCCAGUAGAGGUUGUGGUGCCACCACAGGCUGACCAUGAGGUUGUUUGUCAGGGGUCGAUGUAGCUGACACUUUUUUUGUAUUGUGUAUUGUGAUGAGAAUCAGGAGCUUGAAGAAGUGUGUCAAGGUGACGUGUAUGCGGUGAACGAAGUCAAGCGCAGGACACCGAGCUACUGGCAGACGUACUUUACUUGCACAGUAAAAGAACAUACAAAACAAAACCUCCAAACAGGGAGGAACACUAUUCUCAUACAACAACAACUGCCGACCUCACGGAAAACAAUCACACACAACAAACAAUGAGAGACAGGUUUUUUUAAAGGGAAUACAAUGUAACAUAAUGGGAAACAGAUGUAAACAAUAAAGACCAAACAAGACAAACACCGAAACAUCGAUCGGUAGCAGCUAGUACUCCGGGGACGACGAACGCCGAAGCCUGCCCGGGCAAGGAGGAGGAGCAGCCUCGGCUGAAUCUGUGACAGUACCCCCCCCCUUGACGCGCGGCUCCAGCCGUGCGCCGACCCCGGCCUCGGGGACGGCCAGGAGGACGCGGAGCAGGGCGAGUCGGAUGACUCCGGUGGAAAUCCCUCAACAUGGAGGGAUCUAGGAUGUCCCUCCUAGGGACCCAGCACCGUUCCUCCGGACCGUACCCCUCCCACUCCACGAGAUACUGCAGGCCUCCCAUCCGAUGCCUCGAAUCCAAGAUGGACCGGACUGAGUAUGCCAGAGCCCCCUCGAUGUCCAGUGGGGGCGGAGGAGCCUCUCGUACCUCACUCUCCUGGAGUGGACCAGCUACUACCGGCCUGAGGAGAGACACAUGGAACGAGGGGUUAAUGCGGUAAUUAAUGGGCAGUUGUAACCUAUAACAUACCUCGUUCAAUCUCCUCAGGACUUUAAAUGGCCCCACAAACCGCCGACCCAGCUUCCGGCAGGGCAGGCGAAGGGGCAGGUUUCGGGUCGAGAGCCAGACCCGAUCUCCCGGUGCAAACACCGGAGCCUCACUGCGGUGGCGGUCGGCGCUCACCUUUUGCCGCCUGAUAGCCCGUUGCAGUUGGACAUGCGCAGCGUUCCAGGUUUCUUCCGAGCGCUGAAACCACUCGUCCACCGCAGGGGCUUCAAUCUGGCUCUGAUGCCAAGGUGCCAGGACCGGCUGAUACCCUAGCACACACUGAAAAGGCGUAAGGUUAAUGGAGGAGUGGCGGAGUGAGUUUUGGGCUAUCUCUGCCCAGGGGAUAUAUCCCGACCACUCCCCCUGCCGGUCCUGGCAAUAGGACCUCAGAAACCUACCCACCUCCUGGUUCACUCUCUCCACCUGCCCAUUACUUUCGGGGUGAAAACCUGAGGUAAGGCUAAUCGAGACCCCCAGACAUUCCAUAAACGCCCUCCAGACUCUAGAGGUGAACUGGGGACCCCGAUCAGACACUAUAUCCUCAGGUACCCCGUAGUGCCGGAAGACGUGUGUAAACAGAGCGUCAGCAGUUUGUAGGGCUGUAGGGAGACCUGGCAUAGGAAUGAGACGGCAGGCCUUCGAAAACCGAUCCACAACGACCAAGAUCGUCGUGUUCCCCUGGGAGGGGGUAAGGUCCGUGACAAAAUCCACCGAUAGGUGAGACCACGGCCGUUGUGGAACGGGUAGGGGUUGUAACUUCCCUCUGGGCAGGUGUCUAGGCGCCUUACACUGGGCGCACACCGAGCAGGAGGAAACAUAAACCCUCACGUCCUUAGCUAAAGUGGGCCACCAGUACUUCCCACUAAGGCAGUGCACUGUCCGACCAAUACCAGGAUGAUCAGAGGAGGGUGACAUGUGAGCCCAAUAUAUCAAUCGAUCACAAACCUCGAGCGGCACGUACUUCCGACCCUCUGGACACUGUGGGGGAGUAGGAUCGGUGCGUAACGCCCGCUCAAUGUCCGCAUCAACCUCCCACACACCGGUGCCACCAGACAAGACUCCGGGAGUAUGGGAGUGGGCUCAAUGGACCUCUCCUCUGUGUCAUAUAGUCGGGACAGGGAGUCUGCCUUAGCGUUCUGUGACCCUGGUCUAUAGGUGAGCUUAAAUACAAAUCGGGUAAAAAACAUAGCCCACCUUGCCUGGCGAGGGUUCAGCCUCCUCGCUGCCCGGAUGUACUCCAGGUUACGAUGGUCAGUCAAAAUGAGAAAAGGGUGUUUAGCCCCCUCAAGCCAAUGCCUCCACACCUUCAGGGCUUGAACCACAGCUAACAGCUCCCUGUCCCCCACGUCAUAAUUGCGCUCUGCCGGACUGAGCUUCUUAGAAUAGAAAGCACAGGGGCGGAGUUUUGGUGGCGUACCCGAGCGCUGAGACAGUACAGCACCGAUCCCAGCCUCGGACGCAUCCACUUCAACUUGGAACGCCAAAGAGGGAUCCGGAUGUGCCAGCACUGGAGCCGAGGUAAACAGGUCCUUCAGAUGUCUAAAAGCCCUGUCCGCCUCAGCCGACCACUGCAGAUGCACGGGACCCCCCUUUAGCAGGGAGGUAAUGGGAGCUGCUACCUGUCCAAAGCCCCGGAUAAACCUCUGGUAGUAAUUGACAAAACCCAAGAACCGCUGCACUUCCUUCACCGUGGUGGGAGUCUGCUAAUUACGCACGGCUGAAACGCGGUCAAUCUCCAUCUCCACCCCUGACGCGGACAACCGAUGUCCCAGGAAGGAGAUGGACUCCUGGAAGAACAGACAUUUCUCCGCCUUCGCAUACAGGUCAUGCUCCAACAGUCUACCAAGCACCCGACGCACCAGGGACACAUGCUCGGCUCGUGUAGCGGAGUAUAUUAGAAUGUCAUCAAUAUACACCACUACACCCUGUCCAUGCAAGUCCCAGAAAAUCUCGUCCACAAACGAUUGGAAGACUGAAGGAGCAUUCAUUAAACCGUAUGGCAUAACGAGGUACUCAUAGUGACCCGAGGUGGUACUGAAUGCUGUCUUCCACUCAUCUCCCUCCCUAAUGCGCACCAGGUUGUACGCGCUCCUGAGAUUCAAUUUUGAGAAGAAUCGCGCCCCGUGUAAUGACUCCGUCAUACUAGCAAUCAGAGGGAGAGGAUAGCUGUAUUUGAUUGUGAUCUGAUUGAGACCACGGUAAUCAAUACACGGGUGUAAACCCCCAUCCUUCUUCUUCACAAAAAAGAAACUCGAUGACGCAGGGGAAGUGGACGGCCAUAUGUAUCCCUGUCUCAGAGAUUCGGUGACAUAUGUCUCCAUAGCCGCCGUCUCCUCCUGAGACAGAGGAUACACAUGACUACGAGGAAGUGCAGCGCCUACCUGGAGGUCUAUCGCACAAUCCCCCUGUCGAUGAGGUGGUAAUUGAGUCGCCUUCUUUUUACAGAAGACGAGUGCCAAAUCGGCAUACUCAGGUGGAAUGUGCAUGGUGGGAACUUGGUUCGGGCUUUCCACCGUCGUUGCCCCUACGGAAACACCUACACACCGCCCGAAACACUGAUCAGACCAUCCCUUGAGAGCCCUCUGUUGCCAUGAAAUGUUGGGGUCAUGAGAUGUUAACCAGGGAAGCCCCAACACCACGGGAAACGCAGGAGAAUCAAUCAAAUACAAACAAAUUAUCUCCUCAUGGCCCUCCUGCGUUUUCAUCCUGAGAGGCGCUGUGACUUCCUUAAUCAAUCCUGACCCCAAAGGGCGGCUAUCUAGGGCAUGGAUGGGGAAGGGCACAUCAACUGGUACAAUAGGAAUCCCUAAGUUAUAGGUGAACUGGCGAUCGAUACAAUUUUCAGCUGCGCCUGAAUCUACUUGCGCCUUAUGCUGGGAGUGAGGAGAAACCUCGGGAAACACAACUUUAAUACACAUAUGCGCAACAGAGAGCUCUGGGUGAGUUGGGUGCCUACUCACCUGGAAUGACUCAUCAGUGUGCUGCCUACUGCCUCGAUUCCUAGGAGACCCUCCACAGCACCGACCAGCAGUGUGUCCUCUGCGGCCACAGUUGGUGCAGGGGACGGCUUCUCUCCUGGUCUCUCUCCUGGUCUCCCUAGCACCAGCACCUCCGAGCUCCAUAGGGGUCGGCUAGGAAGUGCUGGGGGAUGGAAUGGACGGCCCUGAAUCAGGACGUCCACGGGUAGCCAACAGGGUAUCCAGGCAAAUUGACAUGUCCACCAGUUGGUCGAAGCUGAGGUUGGUGUCCCUGCAGGCCAAUUCCCGAUGCACAUCCUCCCUCAGGCUACAUCUGUAGUGGUCGACGAGGGCCCUCUCAUUCCAUCCCGCGUUGGCAGCCAGCGUCCAGAAGUCCAGUGCGAACUCCUGUGCGCUCCUCCUCCCCUGUCUGAGGUGGAAUAGACGCUCACCCGCCGCUUUACCCUCUGGUGGAUGAUCGAAUACUGCCCUGAAGCGGCGGGUGAACUCCGCAUAGUUGACAGUAGCGGCGUCUAUUCCCCCCCACUCGGCGUUGGCCCACUCCAGCGCCUUGCCGGACAGACAGGAGAUGAGGGCGGACACGCUCUCGUAUCCCGUGGGGACCGGGUGGAUGGUUGCCAGGUAGAGUUCAACCUGGAGCAGGAAACCCUUACACCCGGCAGCUGUGCCAUCAUAAGCCCUCGGGAGCGAGAGCCGAAUCCCACUGGACCCCGGAGGUGAAGCGAUGGGCAUCGCCGAUGGUGGUGGUAUCGUCGGAGGAGGUGUAGGCAGACCCCCUCUUUCCCAUCGCUCCAUAGUGCUCACCACCCGUUCCAUGGAGGUGCCGAGAGCCUGGAUCAUGGCCGCUUGUUGUUCGACGCGUUCUUCCAUUGAUCCAGCUGGCACCGCCGCUCCUGCUGACUCCAUGUGUGGUGUGUGAUUCUGUCAAGGUGACGUGUAUGCGGUGAACGAAUUCAAGUGCAGGUCACCGAGCUACUGGCAGACGUACUUUACUUGCACAGUAAAAUAACAUACAAAACAAAACCUCCAAACAGGGAGGAACACUUUUCUCAUACAACAACAACUGCCGACCUCACGGAAAACAAUCACACACAACAAACAAUGAGAGACAGGGUUUUUUAAAGGGAAUACAAUGUAACAUAAUGGGAAACAGGUGUAAACAAUAAAGACCAAACAAGACAAACAUCGAAACAUCGAUCGGUAGCAGCUAGUACUCCGGGGACGACGAACGCCGAAGCCUGCCCGAGCAAGGAGGAGGAGCAGCCUCGGCUGAAUCUGUGACAAAGUGAGAUUGGUGGAAAAGCCAGAUCCACCGGUUUUGUCCCUUCCUGUUGUUAAGGAGCGGUUGAAUGUUCCUGCAGCAUGUAGGCCUAGUGUGUCUCCGGUUAAGGUGGAGGAAAGUGAGGAGGCUAACAGUUCCCCUCCAGUUCCCCUCCAGUGCGGGAGCAAAGAGGUGUUGGGGAAUGGGGAUGGUGUUCCUAGUGAGUUUGCUGAAGUUGUGGUCAACGUUCACUUGUCCCUGGUGGUGGGUGCUCUACGUCUCAUAUCAGAUGGAGCUUGGUGCUUGUGACCAUGGGCCUAGGGAAUGGAAUUGAUCUCUCCGUUUAGAACCAUAGGGGUUACAUGUUGUCCCUUGGUUUGCUCAAGUCAGAGACUUUUGGCAGGAAGAAAUUAGCUGAAUGCAGACCAGUGAAUUUGAUGGUUUUGGUUUGUCUGGUUUUCUAGAAUGGCUUUAUCUCAGAGGUGAGGUUUUCUGAAGCCAAGUCUUAUUGUUUUGCAGCUCUGGUGUUUAUAGUGUACAUAGUUUGGUCUCUUCAGUUAAGGAAGUUUUAUGGAAAAGAAAUAGGGGGGAAAAGUUGAGGAAAAUUCAGGAAAAUAGAUACUGGUGACUAUGUGAGGUUUUUUCUUUACUUUUCUUGAUGGGGGAGGUGUUAUGUAGUAGGUAGUUUAGUGCUAGCACACAGUUAGGCACACUCUACCAAGAUACAGUUCCCAGAUGGCAGAGUUGUGACGCUGCUGAUUCUGUUUUGUGGCCAUGAGUCUUUUCGUUUGUUUUGAAGUUUUUCGUUUGGGCAUUCCUUUUAUAUUUUUCCUUUUUGUACAUAUUUAUUUUGUCACGAUCUGAACAAAUGGUAAUCCUCUUUGACUGGCUGACCAAGAUGUCAAGAUGGAGUACAUACAUUGCAUAUGCUGAUUUCUCACAUUGAUUCACAUCUUAAAUAAGGUUACAGACCAGUUAACUAGGCCUAAGACCCCUAGACUGAGCGAGUGCAACAAUAUCCAUAGGCUAAUUAUUGGUUUCAUAACAGUAGAAACUAAAAUCAAUUCCUUUUCUCUACAGGAUGAGGUCAACCAGAUUGUCAACAGCAAUGUUAGACUGAAACAGGUUUGUUUCUGCCGUUUCCUGUAUCAACAUUGCAAUAUACAGUAAAUAUGAGAUCUAAAUAUUUUCUUUCUGGCUAUUUUGUAAGAGAGUAAUUACAAGGAAAAUGUAAGUAUGGGUAAUAAUUACAAUGAAUUUAACCAUAAUUUCUGAAAAUAGUGUAAAAUCCCUAUAAACCGUUGAAUUAUAUUUAUUUUCGAUAAACUGUAAUAAAACGUUCUCUGAAAAAUUCCCUAUUGAAAUUAUUCCUCUCUGAAUCAGACUUCAAGUCAGGAACUUCAAAUAAUCUAUCUGAUAUUUUCUAUUCAUGCUCUUUGUACUUUGUGCUGUCAUUUUCCAGCAAUGGAAGGAUGUGAACUUGCAAUGGAAUCCUGAGGAUUAUGGUGGAAUCAAAAAGAUAAGAGUGCCCUCCACUGACAUUUGGCGUCCUGACCUCGUUCUCUAUAACAAGUAAGAAUCAGGCCAUAUUUGCAUCAAAUGUCUUUCUUUUUACCAUUCUCUCACUGAUACUUUCCUUGACUCUGGGUGUGAUUAUGUUUUCAAACUAUAUGACGUUUCCCUCUCUUUUCCCUCUGUGCAGAGUGGGUGAGAGCUCAGAUUGCAUCAGGCUAAAUCUGGCUUCUAUAUCACAGGUUCCACCCACACCAUAUGCUGCGUCUGACACACUGCUGUUUCUCCCUGACAACCAGCUCCUAUGCCACAGCAACCUGUACCAGUCUCAGCUCUGGUUGGUUGGCCUGUGAUGGCAGGGCCAUGCCAAGCCCCAGGCAGUGAUGUCCCUCUGUGUUAACAUUAUUUCCUGUGUUUGAUGCCUGUGUUUGUGUAUGCCUGCAGUGCUGACGGUGACUUUGCCAUCGUUCACGAGACCAAAGUGCUGCUGGAGCACACUGGCAUGAUCACGUGGAACCCCCCUGCCAUAUUCAAGAGUUACUGUGAGAUCAUCGUGCUGCACUUCCCCUUUGACCUGCAGAACUGCAGCAUGAAGCUGGGUACCUGGACCUAUGAUGGCAACUUGGUUGUCGUCAAUCCCGUAAUAAUCAUCACCAUUUUGACAUUUUUCUCUAUUGAUCCCCUGUGUAACUCCUGUGUUACCCAAACACAUACAGUCCAUUACUGAUUUAACACAUGAUUCUAAAAGCAUUACAAAAUACCACCAGUCCUAAAACCUACCAAUUAGGUUGAGCCCUUCCUGGUCUGUUGAGUCUUCAUGACAUCUUUAUUACCUGUCUCCACCAGGACAGCGACCGUCCUGACCUGAGUAACUUCAUGGAGAGUGGAGAGUGGGUGAUGAAGGAUUACCGCAGCUGGAAACACUGGGUGUACUAUGCCUGCUGCCCUGACACGCCCUACCUGGACAUCACCUACCACUUCCUGAUGCUGCGGCUACCUCUCUACUUCAUCGUCAACGUCAUCAUCCCCUGCAUGCUCUUCUCCUUCCUCACUGGCCUAGUGUUCUAUCUGCCCACUGACUCUGGUUAGUAUAGCAUCCCUUCAAUCAUUUCAGUUCUAAAUCCCUUUUAUUGGCUGAAGAUUAACUGAAAUAUAUUUUGUCUCCCAGUUUCUGCAUCAUAGCUGCAAGGUUAAUGGCUUAUGAAGUGGUUGUGAAGUACUGUACCUGCAUCGGCUGGUAGCUUCAACUACACGCUUGUCCUCCUACAGAUGUAGGAUCUUAAUUUGAUCACUCUUUUGUUGCUGAGAAUUUUCCUGCGACAUAGGAAAUUAGGAUGAGCUUCGUGAUUUACAUAAAUUCACUGAAAACCUGCACUUACAUACGGUUAUAUUAACAGUACUGCACUUUUCAUGUAGCCUUCUUCUGUCCAGCUAAAAGCCUAACCACCAAUCAAACAACAAUAUGAACUAAACGUUAAAAACCUGUUGCUGCAGGAUUAUUUUUCUACGACAAUACUGGUAAAAUUAUGAUCCUACACCUGUAUCUGUCUCUGGGCCUCAGAAGUUCUUAGUAGCUACAUUAGCUGUACCAGUGCUGUGUCUCAGCUAGCAUUUGGCCCUGUUCCCAGUGUGGAGGCCUACCUCAUUACCCAGAGACCCUGUGUGCUGCCAUGUCUGCGAACAGGCCUUUCCUUUAAUGUAUAAUGCAUCACUGGCUGCCUAGCUCUGAUAUGGCUGCUGUUACAGUAUGAUGCUGUGGAUGGGCUGUGAUGCCAAAUGGAAGUAUUCUAGGUUCACUGAUUUGACUGAACAGCAACACAAAGUUCACAAACAACACAUAGUUCACAUUCUAGAGUCUGUGUGAACGAGGUCUGGGUGUGAAUGUGUUCAACUGAAAAUAACACAUACUUGAAAUUCUAUUGUCUGUUUGCCUGUACGUCUGUUUGCUUACAUGAGGUUGUUUGUGUAUAGGUCUAUACGUAUGGAAGGCAACAUGGGAUGGGACAAAUUAAAUCACUAAUUCCUUUACUCUAUCUAGCUAUUGUAGGGCAAUAUUGUUCAGGUAGCAAUUUAUAGAGACUCAGCUUUGAGUUAUUUUUAUAAGCAGAAUCCCUGUCCAAGUUUCAAGUCUUAAUGUCACAAAUACAGUGAAAUGCCUUUCUUGCAAGCUUUAAACUCAACAAUGCAGUAAUCAAUAUCAAUGUUGUACUAAAAAUAACAUAUGGUAGAAUUUAAAAAUAUAUAUAUAAUUUAUAUAUAAUAUAUAUAUAUAUAUAUAUAUAUAUAUAUACAUGGCCCCAUUCAUUCUUUCCUUUACACGGAUCAGUCGUCCUGGUCCCUUUGCAGAAAAACAGCCCCAAAGCAUGAUGUUUCCACCCCCAUGCUUCACAGUAGGUAUGGUGUUCUUUGGAUGCAACUCAGCAUUCUUUUUCCUCCAAACACGACGAGUUGAGUUUUUACCAAAAAGUUAUAUUUUGGUUUCAUCUGACCAUAUGACAUUCUCCCAAUCCUCUUCUGGAUCAUCCAAAUGCACUCUAGCAAACUUCAGAUGGGCCUGGACAUGUACUGGCUUAAGCAGGGGGACACGUCUGGCACUGCAGGAUUUGAGUCCCUGGCGGCGUAGUGUGUUACUGAUGGUAGGCUUUGUUACUUUGGUCCCAGCUCUCUGCAGGUCAUUUACUAGGUCCCCCCGUGUGGUUCUGGGAUUUUUGCUCACCGUUCUUGUGAUCAUUUUGACCCCACAGGGUGAGAUCUUGCGUGGAGCCCCAGAUUGAGGGAGAUUAUCAGUGGUCUUGUAUGUCUUCCAUUUCCUAAUAAUUGCUCCCACAGUUGAUUUCUUCAAACCAAGCUGCUUACCUAUUGCAGAUUCAGUCUUCCCAGCCUGGUGCAGGUCUACAAUUUUGUUUCUGGUGUCCUUUGACAGCUCUUUGGUCUUGGCCAUAGUGGAGUUUGGAGUGUGACUGUUUGAGGUUGUGGACAGGUGUCUUUUAUACUGAUAACAAGUUCAAACAGGUGCCAUUAAUACAGGUAACGAGUGGAGGACAGAGGAGCCUCUUAAAGAAGAAGUUACAGGUCUGUGAGAGCCAGAAAUCUUGCUUGUUUGUAGGUGACCAAAUACUUAUUUUCCACCAUAAUUAGCAAAUAAAUUCAUUAAAAAUCCUACAAUGUGAUUUUCUGGAGAAAAAAAAUCUCAAUUUGUCUGUCAUAGUUGACGUGUACCUAUGAUGAAAAUGACAGGCCUCUCUCAUCUUUUUAAGUGGGAAAACUUGCACAAUUGGUGGCUGACUAAAUACUUUUUUCCCCCACUGUAUAGGGGUAAGGUGACUAGGCAGCAGGAUCUUUCAGCCCUCCGCUAGCCCUCCAUUUAGUGGAGGGCUGAAAGAGAGGUCGGAGGAGGUCAAUUGGACGACAGGCUACUCCUCCCUGUGGUCACAAUGAGUUGGUGCCCUAAAGGGUGUGAUGAUGCUGACUGCUAGAGGAACAAUGUCACUGCUACCCUCUAACAUUAUGACCCUCCUGUGUCUCUGUGAGUCAGUGUCGAUUCAUCACUGUGAAUUAUGGCACUGUGUGUCUCUCUCUCACUAUCAGUCUCUCUCUCUCUGAUCAAUUAUCACAAUAAUCAUGUCAAACCCUCUUGUAAUUAAUCUGAGAGAUUGGGGACCAACUAGAGUGGGGAUUAGGUCACCAUGUAUUGAGACCAAAUUACUAUCAAACCAGCUCACUUUGAUGAGAUAUUCAUUGAUUUGUUUAAUUAAAUUGUAAAGGGUGUCACAGUUGAGUUGCACUGGAGCAUUGCUGUACCUGUAAUAUUUGUUUUAGCCCAUUCGUACCCAGUUAUUAACUGCUCUCACAGUGUUUAACAUUGAAUCCAUUGUUAUGAAUCUCAGUGGCCUCCCUAUGAGCAUAUGUUCAGUCUUUGUCAUGAGCCUCGUUUCUCCACUGAACUGCUCAAAUCUGUCUGCGUGCUGUGUGAUUGACUGAUUAUGAAAUGUAUGACAUUAUGUGACAAUGGCAGAUAAUUUGCAUUAUUGCAUGCUUCAAUUGUGCCUUUCUCCAUAGAUGAAUGCUUCAGUAUGCGUCUACUUUUGUUUACCUGAGUUUUGUGGACAUGUGUUUCCUCAGGUGAGAAGAUGACUCUGAGUAUCUCUGUCCUGCUGUCUCUGACUGUGUUCCUGCUGGUCAUCGUUGAGCUCAUCCCCUCCACCUCCAGUGCUGUGCCUCUCAUCGGGAAGUACAUGCUCUUCACAAUGGUCUUCGUCAUUGCCUCCAUUAUCAUCACUGUCAUCGUCAUCAACACCCACCACCGCUCCCCCAGCACUCACACCAUGUCUCCCUGGGUUCGCAAGGUGGGCAAAGCUGGCACAUUUCUACCAAUGAAUUUUUUUUUUUUUAAGAACUUAGUUAAGAACUUUAUACCAUGGUGCUUUACUUACAAUAGUAUUUGGGUUCAUUUGGAUUUUAAAUGACAUGGCAAAGGAUGACUUGUGCACUCUGGUUUGUGAAUGUUAUGUGUUUGACAGUUUAGAAAUGUAUGUAUUUUUGUAUAUGUAUUUACAAAUUCUUCAUAAAAUAACAUGACAGAUAGUGUGGUGUCAGUGGAGGCUGCUGAGGGGAGAACAGCUCAUAAUAAUGGCCGGAAUGAAAAAAAUGGAAUGGCAUCAAACACCUGGAAACCUUGUGUUUGAUGUAUUUGACACCAUUCCACUGAUUCCGCUCCAGCCGUUACCACGAACCCGUUCUCCCAAAUGAAGGUGCCACUAACCUCCUGUGUGUGGUAUCAAGUCUACAUAAUAGUAGUCUCAACAUUGUUUUUGCCCUGUUCAUGUCUUGCCCAGUACUGCCAUCUAGUGACAGAAUAUAGAUGAUUGAACUUGUUUACUAUAUUACCGCUUUUUAAACCUACUUUUGUGAUUCAGGAGCUAGACAAUAUCUGAAUGAAUAUGUUUAUUAAUUAGCCUUUUAUCUCAUUGUAUGCAUUUUACCAGUCUAUUUAUCAUUGUCUGUUUUUACACAAAGUUGUUGCAUAUUAUUAAUUACGGAGUUAAUUCCUUUCAUAUUUUUUGCUUCCCAGAUUUUUAUUGACACCAUUCCCAACCUCAUGUUCUUCUCAACAAUGAAGCGUCCUGCAAAGGAGAAACAGGAUAAAAGCAUCUAUGGUGCUGACUUUGACAUCUCAGACAUCUCAGGAAAGCCCACCCCUACUGCAGUCACCUACCAGUCCCCCAUGACCAAGAACCCAGAUGUACGCAGUGCUAUUGAGGGGGUUAAGUACAUUGCUGAGACCAUGAAAUCUGAUGAGGAGUCCAACAGCGUAAGACUAUGGAAUUAAUUUCCAUCCUUCCCACAGUUCUUUCCUUAAAGAUCUCGGUUUGAGUGUUUCUAACUGCUCUCCUCUUUUCCCAGGCUGCUGAAGAGUGGAAGUUUGUGGCCAUGGUGCUGGAUCACAUUCUGCUGUGUGUGUUCAUGGCAGUGUGUAUCAUUGGCACACUAGGAGUGUUCGCAGGCCGUCUCAUUGAGCUCAGCAUGACGCCUUAGAGGUCUGCGGGGUGUCCUGAGUAGGGCCAGACGUUUUUAUUCACCUUAUGAACUGACCAGGUAACACUCUGGGCCCUAGUGAUUCUUGGCCCUAUGACCUUAAAGUCAAAGAUUGCUGUAUGAGGGCUGUGUUUUUGACCCUCAUACAUUAAUUAUUAUUGGGUGGUUUGCAAUUACUUCAGAUCGCUGGGUGCAUGCAUGUUUAUCCAUAUUUUCACUCAUGUGUAUUUUAGAACAGUUGAUCUACAUUAUCCAUUCUAAUCAAGUUUUUGUAAUCAAAAUAUUUGUUGUCUUUACUCAAUUUGUUUUGUUAUAUAUUUUCAUUAAUCUUUAAUACAGUAUUUAAAUAAAAUUGAUAGGC